AUGAGGGGCAAGGUGAUGGCACGGGAAGUGGCCUCCCCGACCGUCGGGUGUCCGGGGCUUCGGGCAAACGAGCCAGCUGAAGGCCAGCGCCAGCCGACGUCACUGCGCCAGGCACAGGCCCAGCGCCCGGGAUUCGGGCCUUCAGUGCAGGGGCCGUUCCAGCAGCGGCCCGAGCGAGGCCUCCGCGUGCCAGGCCGGACACGCGGGAAGCACGCGGCGGGGAACCCGGUGGCCGGGCCUGCGACCGUGGCCUGCGACCGUGGCCCUCUGCGGAGCGGCCCUCACGUCGGGCCGGGCUGCCCGGAGGCCCAGCCUCCGCCCUCUCCUGUCUCCGGGCGGCGGAGUCCGGGGACCGCGCGGCUUACGGCAUUUGUGCGGAGCCGCGGCCCUGGCGACCCCCGGACCCCGCGGGACGGCAGCGGCCCCGGGAACCGCGCUGCAAGGGAGGGCAAGGCCGUGCGCGGGAACCCGCGGCGCCCGCGGCCUGGGAACCCGCGGCGGGGUCGCAGCCUUGCCGCCUGUCCGCGCUCCCGGCCAAUGGGCGCGCGGCUCGUGGCGCCUGCUCGGAAGGCGACAGUGGAGGGGGAUACGCGCUGCGGUGGCGGCCGGCGGAGACCUCGGGGGCCGGUGGUCCUGGGCGCCCCCAUGCGAGAUGUGCGGCCCCACCCGGGCCUGUCCGGGGCGCCCCCCGGGGCUUCGCGGGCCAGGGCGGGAAGCGCCAGGGACGAGUUUAGACAGCGGUCCCGCGACCCACCUGGCGGCGACUUCCUGUCCCGUGGCUGCACAGCAGCUCGCCGGCUCGGGGCCAAAGUAUAGAAACGGCGCUGUGGAUUAAGUAACCGCUGUCCAUUUCUUUCAGCGCUCUGUGCCCACCUGUGGGCAGCUGGAGCCAAGACAAACACGGACACAUUGCAUCCUACUCCGGGAGGUGGGGAUCUUCCGCAGGGGACAUCUGAGCACGAACCAAGAAAGCCACCGUCACCCACCUCUCCCUGCCCCUCUGCACUUGCCCCCUGGCAUGACGUACCUCCUGCAGCAGCUGGAGGUGCUACUUCCUGCUGCUGCCCAAGGAGCAGGACCCUCAGCCACCCCUGCCCCAAAGCUGGCCAGCGCCCUCUCAGCCUCCUGGCCCAGGGUUCCUGA